AAAUCGUUAAUGCUCUGCUGAGAUGGAGGAGCUGCAGCAAUUGGAGUAUCUGUCGCUGGUCUCGAAGAUCUGCACAGAGCUCGAUAAUCACUUGGGCAUCAAUGACAAGGACCUGGCCCAGUUCAUCAUCGAUUUGGAGAACAAGAAUCAAUCGUACGAUGCCUUCCGCAAAGCUCUGCUCGAGAACGGCGCCGAGUUUCCAGACUCCCUCGUCCAAAAUCUGCAGCGCAUCAUCAACUUAAUGCGGCCCAGUCGGCCGAGAGGCGGGAGCGAAGAGAAUAUCGGCUCUGGCAGCAGCAAAGAUGACAAGAAAUCGCAGCUGAUGAAAAUGUUCCCUGGCCUGGCCCUGCCCAACGAUAAAUACAGCCAGAGCGAGGGCCAGGACGAGGAAGCCAAGGAAAAGCAUUCGGUUGGCAAAAAGACAGACCUGAGUGACGUGGACGCGGCCAUGAUGGAGCUUGAGGCUCUGGCGCCUGGCGAGGGCAAGACCGAUGAUAAGAAAGAGAUUAAGGAAUCGAGAGAACGACCCCACAAGCGAAGGGAACGCAGCAGAAGUCGCGAGAAGGACAGGGAUACUCGGAAGCGGAGCAGAUCUCGCGAGGAUAGGAAUAGGGAGCGCCGCAGGAGCAAAUCACGCGAGGACCGGCAUAGGGAGCGUCGCAGGAGUAGAUCUCGUGACAAAGAACGCCGCAGAAGCAGCAGAUCACGCGAGCAUCGCGAUCGGGAACGGGAACGCCGCCGAAGCAGGUCCCGCGACGAUCGCGAGCGAGAUCGUGGUCGCCGCAGGUCCAGCUCUCGAGACCGCCACGAGCGUCGACAACGCAGUCGGUCGCGCUCUGGCGACCGUGGCGAUCGCCGCCAGGAGAAAAUGCCGCCCCCCAGCACAGUGAUGGCCGACGAUCCCGAGGCUGGCAAGAUCUACUCCGGCAAGGUGGCCAACAUUGUGCCCUUCGGGUGCUUUGUCCAGCUCUUCGGACUGCGCAAGCGCUGGGAGGGGCUGGUGCACAUCUCGCAGCUGCGAGCCGAGGGCAGGGUCACCGACGUGACCGAAGUGGUGGUCCGCAAUCAGACCGUGAGGGUCAAGGUGAUGUCACUGACGGGUCAGAAAGUGUCGCUGUCCAUGAAGGAAGUCGAUCAGGAGUCGGGCAGGGACUUGAAUCCCCUCUCGCACACCCCCGAGGAUGAUGACUCGCUGCGGGACCGCAAUCCAGAUGGUCCCUUCAGCAGCAGCACCUCCAUGCUAAAUCUGCAGGGCAACAGCCUGGACGGGGACGAGAACGAGUCAAGGAAGCGGGUUACCAGGAUCUCCAGCCCCGAGCGAUGGGAAAUCAAACAGAUGAUUAGCUCUGGGGUCCUGGACAGGAGCGAAAUGCCGGACUUUGACGAGGAGACAGGUCUGCUGCCCAAGGACGAGGACGACGAGGCGGACAUCGAGAUUGGGAUUGUGGAGGAAGAGCCGCCAUUCCUCUCGGGCCAUGGCAGGGCCCUGCACGACCUAUCGCCCGUGAGAAUUGUCAAGAAUCCCGACGGUUCGUUGACCCAGGCGGCCAUGAUGCAGUCGGCCCUGUCCAAGGAGCGGCGGGAGCAGAAAAUGCUGCAGCGCGAACCAGAAAUGGAGGCCCUGCCCACGAACCUCAACAAGAACUGGAUCGAUCCGCUGCCCGAGGAGGACACUCGCAAUCUGGCGGCCAACAUGCGUGGCAUGGGCGCCGCCACCGCCGAGGUGCCCGAGUGGAAGAAGCACGUGAUUGGCGGCAAGAAGUCAUCCUUUGGCAAGAAGACGGACCUCAUUCUCUCUCUCUCUGUAGGAGAUCAAGGGGACAGGAACAUAAGAUUUUCCCGGAAUUUUUGAUAAGCGGCAAGUUUUUAUUUUCUUAAUGAAUCUGUCAGUGUUCUGCUCAAGACUCGAGACGCACAAGUAAAAUGUCCCAAAAGAACCUACAUAUAUACAUCCUUAUUCUAUACAGUAAAUGUACAUCUAUACAUGUGUACAUAUGCAUUACAGAAUGAAAUAUUAGCUGAAUCUUAGGGGUAAUUUUAUUUCGAUUUAAAUAACAUUUUGCAACAAUCUACAUGGGAUGGGGGCUGAAAAGAUUAAUUCAAAUUUAAAACUCUCUUUAAAAAUGAUUGGGGAUCCGAUCCUGGCUUACAUAUAAAUUUAUAAAUUGUAUGAUUCCCUCUAUAUCUGCGAUUCUUACUUCUGAUUCUGCUUUGUAGGUGGCUGCAGCUUGACGACCUUCGAAUCGGCGGAGGCCUGGCCAGAACUCAGCUUGGAGACAGAGGCUAUGUUGACGACACGGCGGACGGCAGCGCCGCCAGUAGUAGUGGAUGCUGGGGACGAUCCGGCCGCACGGUUCGCCAUCAUCAGAACGGGGACCUGCCUGAUCCCUGUGCCAGACUUGAUGCACACAUUCCCAAUGGACAUCUUGCCGUCUGCGCCCACUG